UCAAAAAACAGAGAGAGAGAGAGAGAGCGCUCUGGGGACUGAGUAGCUGUAGGGAGCAAUCAGUCUUGACUCUUGAGAGACUCUCCUCUUCAGCUUCCAAUUUUCCAUCAUGGGCUCUUCCAAAACUGCGAGCGACGGUGUUCUCUUGCCUGAACGACGCCGUGUGGGGUUGUUGUACGACGAGAGAAUGUGCAAGCACUUUGACGCCACAGACCAUCCUGAGAACCCCAAUCGCAUCCUUGCCAUUUGGAACAAGCUCGAAUCCUUUGGCAUCCAUCAAAGAUGUGUUAUUUUGAAUGCAAAGGAAGCAGAAGAUAAACAUAUAGCUUUGGUUCACACCAAAAGUCACGUUGAUUUCAUUAAGAAUAUAAGUUCUCAAAAGUUCGGUUCAAAAUGGGAUAGGAUUGCUGCAAGAUUCAAUUCUAUUUAUUUCAAUGAGGGAUCAUCUGAAGCUGCCUAUCUUGCUGCUGGCUCUGUUGUAGAGGUGGCUGAGAAAGUUGCCAAAGGAGAACUAGAUUCUGCAUUUGCUAUUGUUAGGCCUCCUGGGCAUCAUGCAGAAGCAAAUGAACCGAUGGGAUUUUGUCUGUACAACAAUGUUGCUAUUGCAACUAGUUUUCUCUUGAAUGAAAGAACAGAGCUGGGCAUCAAAAAAAUUCUGGUUGUUGAUUGGGAUGUUCAUCAUGGAAAUGGUACUCAAAAGAUGUUCUAUAAGGAUUCUCGAGUACUAUUCUUUUCUGUGCACAGGCAUGAAUUUGGGUGUUUCUAUCCUGGUGGUGAUGACGGAUCGUAUGUAAUGAUUGGGGAGGGACCAGGUGCUGGAUAUAAUAUAAAUGUUCCUUGGGAGAAUCGUAGCUGUGGUGAUGCAGACUAUCUUGCUGUUUGGGACCAUAUACUAAUUCCUGUUGCCAAGGCAUUUGACCCUGACAUGGUUAUUAUUUCUGCUGGUUUUGAUGCAGCCGUUAAUGAUCCUCUAGGCGGCUGCUGCGUUAGUCCAUAUGGGUAUUCCAUCAUGUUGAGCAAGUUAAUGGAGUUUGCCGAGGGUAAGAUUGUCAUGGCACUGGAAGGAGGAUACAACCUUAAAUCUUUAGCAAAUUCAGCUCUAGCUUGUGUCCAAGUGUUGCUAGGUGACAAGCCAAUAGUCAGAUCUUUGCAGGCAGAUCCAUUUGAAUCAACAUGGCGAGUGCUAGAAGCGGUUCGUGAAGCAUUAAGUGCAUUUUGGCCGAUCUUCGCUAAGAAGUUACCUGAGGAAUUAACCAGUAAGAGGACAUCUCUAAUCCUGAUCCCUUGUUCUGAUUCUGAAGAUGAAUAUGACAAUGGUCCUAAUACAACAUCAGAAGAUUAUGAGGCAGCUAUUGAGCAUGUUAUAGAACCACUCCAGAAUUUGGAAGUUGAUGAUGGUCAUUGUACUGAACUUACAAAUGGCCCUAAUACAACAUCAGAAGAUUAUGAGGUAGCAAUUGAGCAUGUUAUAGAACCACUUCAGAAUUUGAAAGUUGAAAAUGGUCAUGAUCAAACUAUAGCUUUUUCUUCCAGCUGGAGAUCAGAACUUUCUAAGAUAGAUAUCUGGUAUGCUACUUAUGGAUCAAAUAUGAGAGAAUCAAGGUUCCUUUGCUAUAUUGAAGGUGGACAGGUGGAAGGAAUGCAGAAGCAAUGUGUUGGUUCAGUGGACAAAAGCCCACCCAAAGAGAGUUGUUGGAGGACUUUCCCUCAUCGUUUGUUCUUUGCUCGUGACUAUACUGCUACUUGGGGUCCUGGAGGGGUUGCUUUUCUUCAUCCUGAAAGUAACAGUGAAGAUAAAGCUUACCUGCGCUUGUACAGGAUAACACUUGAGCAGUUCAAUGACGUCUUGGUUCAGGAGAAUAUCCUAAGCUCCAGAACAGGUCCAUUGUUUGGUUUGAAAGACCUACAAUCUAUUGAAGACAAAAAGUGCAUAUCUAUAGAGGCUAUUAAGCUGCUUGACGUGCACUUGGUGCUUGAGGUUUUGAAAAAGAUGAAUUUGAGAUUACAUGAAGAUGAAGAUAUUGAUCAUUUGCACGGUUGUAUGAUUCUGAGUCCUGCUAGACUGCACACAUAAUUUCACAUGAGAUUUUGAAUUAACCACGUUCGAACAAUGUGUCUGUUUUCCUCUCUCUUCUCUUUUUUACCUCUUUCACCACAUGAAUGAGAUGGCUCUUCGGUCAUCACCCCCACCAUAAUGCCAUUAAGGCAGCUGUCCACCAUCAAACCAGAAGGGUAGGGCAAGAGAGGAGGAGAAAUGGAAAGGGAGCACUGAAAAAAGGAGGACUGAGCUAAUGUGUUGGGGCACAAGAGCCAAAUAAAAAGGAACAGAGCUUGUGUAUUGGGGAGACAAAGGGAAACUUACCUAAUUAUUUCUUUCUCAGUUUCUUGUGUCCUGAAACAGCAGAAAGCAGACAGUAAUUCUAUUGUGUGAAAUAGCUCAUUUGAAGGUAUCCAAGCUCAUGUUACUUUUUGUCUAUUAGAUGUCAGAAAAGUAAAAAUAUUUUCAUUCUUGUUUUGACCAAGACGGUUCAAGAAGUAGUCAAGUUGAUUAUGGCGUUUGAUUGACCCAAUGUGACUUGUCGAACAAGGGUAGGUUUUGGAAACUGCAUUAUAGCCAGAUCAUCAAACCUUAGCUUUAAAUUAUUUUCCUGUAUAAAAAAUUGCUAAGUUGCCUUUUUAAUUUGGUUUAGUUGUUUUGAGUAAUUUUUAACUUGAAGAGUGUGCAUUUUUUCUUUUUCUGUAAUUUGUUUUAUUUUUCCUUGUAUUUUAGAUUUUAGUGAUGCUGUUUCCUAUCUUCUGGUGCGGGGACUAACAAGCAGUUCCAUUAUCUACAUAUACCCUUUAUAGCUAUAAAUUCCUUUCUCUUUUGGUAAUUAAGUCAAUCAUGUGACAACAUGAAUAUAACACUAAAAAUGGGACUAAUUACCUUCAGAAUAUCCUAGCGAACAAAGCAAUUUGAAAUUUGAAAGUCUUGCAUAUAAAUAAUUUAUCCUCUCAUGGCUAAAAUUCUAGGUUUAUGAACUCUUCCCUUGUGCGCAUGAAUCAAUUGAAGGUAUCAACUUGUUUCUCUAACUUUGUGGUGUUU